AUUUUUUCUUAGGCCUAAUUUUACAAAGUUAUUUCCUUUAGCGCUGUUGUUGCAGAAGACGAUAAAAAACAUUACUGUCAACAGAUCAUAGAAAGAUGCCAAGCAUUAAGCUGCAGAGCUCCGAUGGGGAGAUAUUUGAGGUGGAUGUGGAGAUUGCAAAGCAGUCGGUCACAAUCAAAACCAUGUUAGAAGAUCUUGGAAUGGACGAAGAUGAAGAGGAACCAGUUCCUUUGCCAAAUGUUAAUGCAGCUAUCCUUAAAAAGGUAAUCCAGUGGUGCACAUAUCACAAAGACGACCCACCACCGCCAGAGGAUGAUGAAAACAAAGAGAAACGGACAGACGAUAUCUGCUCGUGGGAUGCUGAAUUCCUUAAAGUGGACCAGGGAACACUCUUUGAACUAAUCUUGGCAGCUAACUAUUUGGACAUCAAGGGCUUGUUAGAUGUCACCUGCAAAACUGUCGCCAACAUGAUCAAAGGGAAAUCACCGGAGGAGAUUCGCAAGACAUUCAAUAUCAAGAAUGACUUCACUCCUGCUGAGGAGGAGCAGGUGCGAAAGGAGAACGAGUGGUGUGAGGAGAAGUAAAGCUGUCUGUGAUUCCGUCCUGUUCCCGCACAUUCUUCAAAGCACUGAACUGUACCUCUGUGUACUGGAGUUGUCUCUGUCUUCAACCUUUUAGUGUCUGACAAUGGUCUAGACACUGUCAUUCAUUGCAAUUAUCUUUGUUUAGCAGUUUUACAGGGUGCUUAGAGCUACUUUGAAAUUGUUGGAACAAAUUUUGAAAAGUUGCAUUAGUUGUGAACUGCUCUUAAUGUUGAACAAAGCUUGUUUAUAAAGGAAAAAUGUUUACCAUUUAAUGAAUAACUUGGAAUUUGAAAGAUAUUUAAGUGUUCUAAGAAUGUGUUCUUUUGCUUGAUCCACAGGUUUCAUCAGUGUUUAAAAAAUAGAAAAUUGAAAGAUGUUCUGUUAAAUAAUAUUAACACAAAUUAAAUGUUGAUGUGUUAGCGCAAAAAAAAUGCAAUUCCAUUUUAUAUAGAGUUAAGUUGUCUGAGCCUUCUUAUAUACAGUGUAGGUGCAUGAACCAUCGCAGGACUUGGAUGUGUUUUUGACUAUUGCCAGACGUUGUUUAGGUUGAAGUCAUCCAUUUAUUUUGUGUUUAAAGAAGAGGUGAUCUGUUAAUUUAAUCUUUUGUUAAUGCCAGUCACACUGACGGCAAGAAAAGACGAUGUUGGAACAUCAAGCCCUUAAAUGAUCAUUAUGUGACAUUUGUGUGCUAUUAUUUAUUGCAAGUUUGUCUUGACAUAACAAAAUGAUCAGUUCUUUUGUCAUAUUGUCUCUAUAUAUUCAGUGUAAGUGUACGAUUUUAAGAACAUCUACAAAUUGUGAAUUUUCUUGUAAACAUUGGCAACUGUGAAAAGUUAUCUCUUCUGAGAUGUUAUUUUUUUCGGAUUUUAGUGAAACAGCUUUUAGUGAAACUUGUAUGUGUUUCAUUUUUGUCAUUGAUUUGAUUUUUUUACCUGUGUGCGGACUUAGUAAAUAUUUAUAAGUUU